AUGCGGCCAUUCAUGCCCUGUUCCCGUCUCUCCGCGGUAUCCCCUCCCCUCGCAUCUUUCCCCGCAUCCCCCGUAAUUCUCACUGCGCAGCUUGCUCCUCAAUUCUUCCGCCAAACCCCUCCGCCAACGUUCUCUCGUCAAAUCCGCGUCCUGAAUCAUCUCCCCUCCGCGCAAGUACAUAAGCGCGCAAUUUCCCGUCGCCUGGUUGCGCGCAGCGGCGCGCAGAGCGCAUCUAACGGGGAGGCUGACCGCGGAGACGAUUCGCGCGAGCCGUUCCAGUCAGGAGGCGGCGAUGGGGGCGCAGGGGGGGAAUCCGGCUCUUCCGAGUCGGAGGCGCGGCGGCUUGCGCUUGACGACGCGGCUCGGGCGGAGAUGAGGGCGCGAUCUGAGCUCGCGCUUGCGGCGAUGGCGGAAGGCUCCCGGGGAGCGGCUGCCGCGGUGGGAGACGCGCCGGGAAACGCGGCGGGAGAUACGGGAGGGAGUGGCGGGAGCGGUGACGGCGGCGCGUGGAAGUGGGCGGUGCGGAAGGGCGUGUGGGACGAGCUGGAGGCGCGUGACGUGGCACGACCGCCGCGCCCCGUGCACCACCGCAUUCCUAACUUUGAUGGGGCGGACAAAGCUGCUGCCAUGGUGCGCGAGGGGGCGGAAAGGGGGAAAAAAGGGGAGGCGGAAUGCUUAAUCACAAACCCCCUUGCUGACAUGCCUCUCUUCUCUUCCUCCACACCCCCCAUUCAAACCCCCUUCCCUUGCCAGCUGGCAUCGCUGCCGGAAUUUCAAGCAGCAGGGUGUGUGAAGGUCAACCCAGACACGCCUCAGAAGGCUGUGCGGCUGGCUGCCCUGCAAGGUGAGCUCCAGAAAGCUCCUGCUCACCCCCCACUCCACCUCCCCCGCCUGCAAUCGGCUGCGAUCAUCUUCUCUCCCCUCCCUCCCCCACUCCACCUCCCCCACCCCGCACCGACUCUUCCCCCUCCUUUCUCCCACAGCCAACAAGCUCCUGCUAACCCCGCAACCGCACCAACUCUGCAACCGCACCCCACCCCGCACCAACUCUGCAACCGCACCCCACCCCGCACCAACUCUGCAACCGCACCUGCGAACCUCUCGGCCACCCACUCCCCCUCUUCCUCGCCUUUUCACUACCUCAGCAACAAGCUCCUGCUAACCCCCCAACCGCGCUUACGAACCGGCAACAAGCUCCUGCUGACCCCCCAACCGCGCCUGCGGACCGGUUUCUUCUCCCGCCUCUCUGCCGAUCACAUCCCGCCCGACCAGCUGCUUGCUGCCUGCACGGCGGCCGGUGUGGCUCGGCACGGAGUGCCGGUGGCGCUAGAGGACAAAGUUGCGGUGGAUAUGGUGGUGCUGGGGUCUGUUGCUGUUGAUCCCACCACUGGUGCCAGGCUGGGGAAGGGCGAGGGCUUUGCAGAGUUGGAGUACGGCAUUCUGAGGUGGAUGGGCGCAGUCACGGACGACACGCCUGUGGUCACCACUGUACAUGACUGUCAGUUAGUUGCAGCAGGCGCCAUCCCCACCAGCAACCUCAGGCAGCACGACCUGCCAGUCGACAUCAUCUGCACGCCCACUCAAAUCAUCCGCGUCUCCUCCAGGAUACCCAAACCCUCAGGUGAUCUCGUCAGGCAUCGUCUGCUGUCCACCUGCUUUGCCUUCUGGGUGACUUUUGAGUCGACUCAGCACCAUCCAUCCAUCCCUCUCCUUGCAAGUGUCAUUCUCCUCUCCUUGCAAGUGUCAUUCUCCUCUCCUUGCAAGUGUCAUUCUCCUCUCCUUGCAAGUGUCAUUCUCCUCUCCUUGCAAGUGUCAUUCUCCUCUCCUUGCAAGUGUCAUUCUCCUCUCCUUGCAAGUGUCAUUCUCCUCUCCUUGCAAGUGUCAUUCUCCUCUCCUUGCAAGUGUCAUUCUCCUCUCCUUGCAAGUGUCAUGCUCCUCUCCUUGCAAGUGUCAUGCUCCUCUCCUUGCAAGUGUCAUUCUCCUCUCCUUGCAAGUGUCAUUCUCCUCUCCUUGCAAGUGUCAUUCUCCUCUCCUUGCAAGUGUCAUUCUCCUCUCCUUGCAAGUGUCAUUCUCCUCUCCUUGCAAGUGUCAUUCUCCUCUCCUUGCAAGUGUCAUUCUCCUCUCCUUGCAAGUGUCAUUCUCCUCUCCUUGCAAGUGUCAUUCUCCUCUCCUUGCAAGUGUCAUUCUCCUCUCCUUGCAAGUGUCAUUCUCCUCUCCUUGCAAGUGUCAUUCUCCUCUCCUUGCAAGUGUCAUUCUCCUCUCCUUGCAAGUGUCAUUCUCCUCUCCUUGCAAGUGUCAUUCUCCUCUCCUUGCAAGUGUCAUUCUCCUCUCCUUGCAAGUGUCAUUCUCCUCUCCUUGCAAGUGUCAUUCUCCUCUCCUUGCAAGUGUCAUUCUCCUCUCCUUGCAAGUGUCAUUCUCCUCUCCUUGCAAGUGUCAUUCUCCUCUCCUUGCCAGUGGCAUCUUCUCUCCACCCAAGACCUGCCUCACUCAGAUUCCCAUCCUGCAGCAACUCAAAAGCACCCUGUUUUCACCAAUUCAGAGCACCUUAUCCUCCCUUUCCACCCCUCACCAUCCCUUUCCACCCCUUUCCACCCUGCAGGCAUCUACUGGCACCUGCUCUCCCCCCAAAAGCUAGCUCAGAUUCGCAUUCUACAGCAACUCAAGAGCACCCUUGAAGCACAGACAGGCGCCGCCCUCCCUCUAGGACCAGACGAGGAGCUGCCGCCCGUUGCCACCCGGCACGGGAAGGGGGGGCGGCGGAAGGAAGGGGGAAGGGGUGGGGGAAAGGUGGGGGAGAGGGGAGGCGUGGGGAGAGGGAGAGGGGAGAGGAGGGGAGGGGAAGGGAGGCGCAGUGAGAGAAAGGUGUGGAGGAGGGGCGAUGAUAGGGGCAGUGGAGGGGAGGAGGGGGGAAGAGAGUGA